GAAAAAUGGCGCAGGCCAAUUACCGUAUCUACGAUUUUAAUCUGCACCGUCAAAAUAGCGAAAAUCAUGAGAGUGCAGGGAACGAAUAUGGACCGCCGCUACACCAAAGUUUCAAAUGUUAAAGAAGUAGAUCUACAAACGCAACGAUCAGAGUGAACGAAACCCUCGAUGGAGGAGAAGCGUCGAGAGGCCGGAAGUCUGCCGCCGGCGAGCUCUUCUGCUGGGACGGUUACAGCAAAGGUGACUGAAACGGAGCCUAAAUCGGAGCCUCCGUCGUCUCGCCGGAGAGCCGGAGGCCAGAAGAGGAAAUCCAAUAACCUCAGCGCUUCUAAUUCGACGCCGUCGAAGCGCCUCGCCCGCGAGAAAGCUUUAGCUCCUCCUCUCGCUUCGAUCCACAAUGGUCCUUGCACCAGAGCUCGCCAAUCUCCAAACAACGUUUCAUCGGCUGCUGCUGCCACUGCCGCGGCGUCUGGUGCCUUGCAGAAGUUGGAUCAGCCGGACGCGGCUCCAGGGGCUUCAUCCAGUGGAGCUGGGCUGACUGCAGAAGAAUUGAAUGUGAAAAAUGAAGAUUGGGAGGCCUUGGAGGCUGAGAUGGCCGCUGAGUUUGAAGCUAUAAGGUCUCGUGAUGCUAAUGUUCAUGUGGUUCCGAGCUCAUCAGGUUGGUUUUCAUGGACAAAAGUUCACCCUCUUGAGGAGCAGGCAAUGCCUUCAUUCUUCAAUGGAAAGUCUGAGAACCGGAAUCCUGAUAUGUACAAACAAAUACGUGACUGGAUUAUGAAGAGAUUUCAUGGAAAUCCAAACACGCAAAUUGAAGUAAAAGAUCUAUCAGAACUCGAAAUUGGAGAACUGGAUGCAAGACAAGAGGUGAUGGAGUUUCUGGAUUACUGGGGCUUGAUUAAUUUCCAUCCAUUCCUACCUGCAGAAUCUAGUGUGGCAAAUGGUGAUGAUGAUACGGCUAAACAACUGGAUUCUUCCGUUGAAAAAUUGUAUCGCUUUGACAUGGUACAAUCGUGUCCACCAGUGGUCCCAAAAGCCAAUAUGUCCGCACCAACCAUGGCAUCUGGGUUGUUUCCUGAGUCUGCCUUCGUUGAAGAGUUGGUUAGGUCUGAGGGUCCAUCUGUUGAGUACCAUUGUAACUCCUGCUCAGCUGAUUGCUCCCGCAAGCGUUACCAUUGCCAGAAGCAGGCAGAUUUCGACUUGUGUACUGAAUGCUUCAAUAACCAAAAGUUUGGCUCUGACAUGUCCUCAUCAGAUUUCAUUCUCAUGGAGCCUGCUGAGGCGCCUGGAGUAAGUGGCGGGAAGUGGACUGAUCAGGAGACCCUCCUACUCCUUGAAGCAUUGGAGCUAUAUAAAGAAAACUGGAAUGAGAUUGCUGAGCAUGUUGCCACGAAAACAAAAGCUCAGUGUAUAUUGCACUUUGUUCAAAUGCCAAUUGAGGACACCUUUAUUGAUUGUGAUGAUGAAACUAAUGUGAAUCCCCAAGAAAAUGCUGAUCCAGUUUCAGCUAAUAAUGACUCGUCUGUUCCUAAAGACAUCCCUGAAUCAACAGAGAGCAAAACUGAUGUUAGCGAGGGUCAUCCCCCAUCAUCUGCAAUGGAAACUUCAAAACCAGAGGGUCCACCUCUGUCUUCUCCAAUGGAAACUUCAAAACCUGAGAGUCAGCCCCCACCAUCCCCAAUGGAAACUUCAAAACCAGAAGGAGGCAACGAAAUGAAAGAUAAUCAGGAGACAGGUGAAGCUUGUGCCCUGAAGGCCCUUAGAGAAGCUUUUGAAGCAGUUGGUUCUCUUCCAACGCCUGGAGCCCCACUUACUUUUACUGAUGCUGGGAACCCUGUCAUGGCAUUGGCAGUAUUCCUGACCCAAUUGGUGGGAUCUGGUCGUGCUUCUGCUGCAGUUCAUAGUUCUUUAAAAUCCAUGUCUAGCAAUUCUCCUGGCAUGCAACUAGCUGCAAGGCACUGCUAUAUUUUGGAAGAUCCACCAGAUGACAAGAAGGAGCAAGUUGGUUCUGAGAGUGCUACUGCUGAAAUGGUUGAUCAGGAUGCAAACAAAGAUGAAAACAUGAAAGAUGUGAACGAGAAAGAUGAAAAACAGAAGGACGUAAACCAGAAAGAUGAAAGCCAGGAGGACGAAAACCAGAAACAUGAAAACCAGAAGGAAUUGAAUCAAAAAGAGGAAAACCAGAAGGAUGUAAACCAGAGAGAGGAACACUCCAUAUCAGUUUUGGAGGGCAGUGAUACGUUAAAAGAUCAGAAUGAAAAUAAAAUUGAGGAUUCUGUUCCAGAAGAAAAGUUAUCGGUUCCUCCCAAUGGUGAAUGCACUGAGAAAUCACUUGCUGCAAAAGAACCAGAUGUUGUGGUUUCUAAUGACAGUGAACCUGGUAUUUUGAGUCAAUCAAGCAAUUCAGAUUUGCCGAAGGAUUGCCCGCCCAAUUCUGUGGACAAAUCAGAUGAUUUGACACCAAAGGCAGGGCUUCUGCCUAGUUCUAUGAAGGAGUCGGGAGAUGGAGCUUCAGUAAAGGACCACUCUCAACCUUCUGAGGCACCAAAGGAUGUGGAUACAGUGCCCGAGUCUCUGCCCCUACAAACAAAAGAGCCCCGGCAAUCUCUUACCUCUAACACUUUGGUUGAGAAUGGAGCAAAUACAGGCAGGGAUCAAACAAAGGAAGGUAAAAGCGAGAGCCAUGACUCAAGCAAGACAAAACCGGAUCCUAGUAUUGAUAAAAUAAAGCGGGCUGCAACUUCUGCACUCUCAGCGGCAGCAGUGAAAGCAAAGCUUCUUGCAAAUCAAGAAGAAGAUCAAAUCCAACAGCUUGCUACAUUGUUGAUUGAAAAGCAGCUGCAUAAGCUAGAAACCAAAUUGGCUUUCUUCAACGAGAUGGAAAGUGUCAUUACGAGGGUUAGGGAACAAAUGGACAGGUCUAGGCAAAGACUUUACCAUGAGCGGGCACAGAUAAUUGCAGCGCGACUUGGCUUUGCGGGUUCCUCAUCUAGACCAACAGCCCCAUCAUUACCUAUCAAUAGACCUGGAAUGAGCUUUCCAACUUCAGUUCCAAGGCCUCCAAUGGGCAUGACCUCUCAAAGGCCACCAAUGUCGAGACCCAUGAUGAUGGCUCCUUCCUCAUUAAAUACACUUGUAUCUAGUACAGUGGCAGGAAGUUCAAUUCGGCCUCCCAGCCAGGAUAAACUUUCAUCAGUCGGCACAAAGUAACAUUUAGUCAAGGACAUAUGGGUGCAAUCUCGUUCACUCUACUACAGUGUUUAUCUGCGCCCGAUUUUACUAACCAAAUCUUGGAAAGCUAUUGCUCAAGUUUGAGUUGAAGAGCCCGACAGCUACCUGUGUAGGAUUUUUGCAGGCCUGAAACCUAUUCUCAUCUCCUCUUCUGCAUCAUUAUGGGAAGAGCGGAUUGAUGCUCAUUGGCAUCCUUCCCUUGCUGGCCCCCUUUGAAGCAAAAAGCGAAAGCCUUGUUUGUGAUGGAAAUUCGAGGGAAAGUAGUUUGGUAACUUAAAUAGCCCUCAGCUGCUAAGGGGGUUAAAUUUGUCCUUUCAAAGAUCUGUAUCUUUUUCUUUGACCUUGUCCAAACACCUUAGAAGCUUCAAUGUUGAAAAGUAGAGGCUUCAUUUGGAUGCCCAUGGUUUAAAAUUUCCAUGUCAUAGUCUAGCUUUGAUUUGGUGUUUG